AUGAGGCACGCUUCUCGCCUUUUGGCACGCUACCUUGAGCCGGGUGUGCCCACCGGCCUGACUGGCCUGUGGACGCAUGCCACCCCAAGGUCAGCACUGCUCUCUAUCUACAAGACUACUCUCGCAAAAUUGCAAAGAUUUCCGGAAUCUUCACUUUAUCGCCAAUCCAUUGAGUCCCUCACGAAGCACAGACUUGCCCUAGUCGAAAACACGGUUCCCGCUGGUUACGAAGAAUGGGUUACCAGGACGCAAAAACUGAUUACAGAGAACCCCCAACACUUCCGCCUCGUCGAAAAUACUACGGGUGGCCUCGGCCCACGAACGUUUCACCUUGGCGGACAGACCUUCGUCAUUCCUCAAAGACGUGUGCAGAAUGACAUCAGGGAAGAGGAAUGGAAUGGGGAGGUAGACGACGGCCCGUUGCUCGAAGGUCAACGAGCAGCGGAGGAGAAACCAGGUCUGGUCUCUGGAGAAACAGACGGCGACUUGCCCGGCCAUGUUGAGGCCCAUUUAAGUAGCGAACCACAGCUGACUGUGUCUCAAAUCGCCGAGCUUGAGGAUGCGAUUGGUGCUGGCCUUCUCGAGGAGGUUAUCCAAGUAGCAGAGGGCGAGCUGAAGCUCUUGGAUAUUAUGCAGGAGGCCGAGGUCUGGGAGUCUCUGGAAGAAAAGCCCGCCGAGGGCCAAUGGACCUAUUUUGAUAGGAAGCACUAG